CUUCCAGAAAGGAGCUCUCGAUAGGGAAGUUGCACAACCCAGCCGACGUUGAGGCACUGUGCUUAUUAUGGACUUAUUAUUAACACUAGACGCCGACUCUAUUCUAGUUGAUCAGAUAGCACGUACAAACUGGAUUCGAAAUACCCACUAGGGUUUUGCAAAUUAUUUUUAUUUAUUUCCUUGUUUGCACUAGCAGACUGUUCUGGUUUCGUGUGACGGCCAGCCUGCGGUUGCCCAUAUUUGGAGGGCGGACGAGAAGGGGCGGCAUCUGCGCACCUGUGGACGUGACGUCACUUUCCGAUCAUACCUGCUCAACAACUUGUCCUGCUGCUUCGGUCGGCGAAAUACUACCGUCUGCUACGAACACAAGGAAACUAAACUAACAAAGAGCAGCCUCCUCGACGGAUUGAUUUAGUUCGAUUGAAUUCAGUUGAAUUCUGAACACAGGAUAUUUUAAGACCAAUGGGCCUGGUUUUGUGGCUUGGAGUUGGACUUCUCCUCGUCUUCGUCCAGGCUUGGGCAUCAACUCCUGAAAAGCAAAAAUGUGUGCCUGGUUUCAAGAAGGAUUCGAACCUUUUCCAAGUAGACAGAAGACAUCUUCAUAGCGGACAUGUUCUUGGAAAAGUUGGUUUUGAGGACUGCAUGGCCAAUAAAAGAUUCAAAUUCGGCAGCAGCGACCGCCAUUUCCAUGUCGAGCAGGACGGAACAUUAAUGGUGACGAGAGAAACUACCAUGCUUGGAAGAAAAAGGGCCUUCCUCAUCUCUUCCCUGAAUUCUAAGGGGCAAAAAUUUAGUACAAUAAUCAGGGUGCAACUCCAUGGCAACGGCCAUCAUCACCCUGGAAGUCACCCCAUGAAAAUUCAGGCACAUCAGAAUCCAGGAAAGGAACUGCAGAAGAGUGCAAACGUGGACCCUUCCAAUAAGACAGAGGUUAUUCAAAACCUGCCAGUUUUGCACCUUCUUAAGUUUUCUAGGAGGCGGAAGAGAGCUUGGGUUAUCCCUCCUCUUAACAUUCUGGAGAAUGAUAGGGGGCCCUACCCCAAACUAGUGGCUCAGAUUCGUUCUGAUAAAGAUAAAGAGUCAAGAAUGGAGUACAAGAUUACGGGUGAUGGAAUAAACGGCCUCUUCACUAUCGACAAAAACACCGGCCAGCUUUAUGUGACCCAGCCCCUAGACCGGGAGAAGAGAAGCGAUUACAGAUUCAACGCUAGUGCCAACGUAGCGGGCAUGGUGAAUGCUGCGGCUGAGGCAGCCAUGCUCAUCAUUGUAAAUGUCCUCGACGCCAAUGACAACAAACCAGUCUUCACCCAAGACCCCUAUGUCGGAGAAGUUGCAGAGGCUUCAGCAAAAGACUUUGAAGUGAUUACAAUCAAAGCCGACGAUCUGGACGACCCAAAUUCAGAUAAUUCUUUAGUCCACUAUAAAAUUCUGAGCCAGGAACCAAAGUUGCCCAAUGAUAAUUUGUUUGACAUAAACCCUGUUAGUGGAGUCAUCAGAGUCAAGCAGCAAGGGCUCGACAGAGAGAAAUACCCAAAGUACACUCUGGAAGUAGAAGCUGCAGACAUGAAAGGAGACGGCCUGACUGUUACAGGGCAUGUUCACCUCACAGUUACUGAUAGUAACGACAACGCCCCGGUCUUUGAGAUGGCUCAGUAUAAUGCCAAUGUACCAGAAAACAAAGUGGGAGCGCAGGUUGUGAGGAUGUCUGUGACGGAUGGGGACGAGCAUAAUUCUCCGGCCUGGAAUGCAAAGUUUAAAAUUGUUGCUGGAGAUAAGAAUGGCCAAUUCGCCGUGGAAACCGGAACUGGCAAGCAAGAAGGAAUCAUUACAACUGUGAAGGGUCUGGACUAUGAGAUGACCAAGACCUACACGCUGCUUGUGACCGUUGAAAACGAAAUUCCCUUUGCCAUCCGCCUUCCGACAGCCACUGCCACGGUGGUGGUUUCUGUAGGAGAUGUGAAUGAGGCUCCUGUGUUUAGCCCACCCAUUCAGGUUGUGAAGAGGAAGGAAGAUCUUGCAGUUGCCAGUGACAUUGUCACGUACACCGCAACCGACCCUGACACUGAACGCAGUCAGAAAGUCACGUACAAGAUUAUGAAAGACCCAGCGCGGUGGCUCAGUGUGAACCCGGACACGGGUUUGAUUAAAGUGAAGAAUGGCAUGGACAGAGAGAGCCAAUACGUUCAAGACGGCAAAUACACUGCCCUGAUAAUGGCAUAUGAUGAUGAUGUUUCUCCAGCCACUGGUACAGGAACCCUGGAAAUUGAACUAGAAGAUGUUAACGACAACAUCCCUUCAAUCAAUGAGCGCAUCAUUAAGGUUUGCAAUAAGGAUUCUGCCCCUCAGCUGCUCUCUGUGACAGACGCCGAUGGGCCAGACUUUGCUGCACCCUACACUGUAUCACUAAUGGGCAUGUCCAAGAAUAACUGGACUGCUACGAUGGAUGGCACAAGAACAGGGAUAAUCCUGACAUUAAUCAGGGACCUUCCCAAGGGAGACUACAAUGUAGUCCUGAGAGUGGCAGAUAACCAUGGUCUAGAUCAAGACAACAUUGUCAUGGCCACAGUUUGCGACUGUACAGGAAAUGAGGUGACCUGCAAAGGUGGGAUCCGUGAGGGAGCCAUUGGUCUGCCGGUCAUCCUAGGAAUAUUGGGAGCUGUUCUGCUGCUGCUAUUGCUGGUAUUGCUGCUGCUAAUAUUCAUUAGACGCAGAGGUGGAGAGCAAAAGGAGCCUUUACUACCAAAUGAGGACAUCAGGGACAACAUUUACUACUAUGAUGAAGAAGGGGGGGGAGAGGACGACCAGGAUUAUUAUGAUCUGAGUGUGCUCCAUCGUGGUCUGGACAACCGCCCUGAGGUCUUCCGGAAUGACGUCAUGCCGUGCUUCAUGCCUAAAGCCGAGUAUCGACCUCGGCCUGCCAAUCCUGAAGACAUUGGAAAAUUUAUUGAUGAUAACCUGACGGCAGCAGACAACGACCCGCUGGCGCCCCCCUAUGACUCCCUCCUUGUAUUCGAUGACGAGGGUAAAGGUUCUGAUGCUGGCUCCCUGUCGUCCCUCAACUCCUCAAGCAGUGGGGACCAGGAUUACGACUGCCUCGGGGAAUGGGGUCCUCGCUUUAAGAAGCUAGCAGACAUGUACGGAGGAGGAGAGGAUGAUAUGCUGUAAAUUCCUCAACGGCAGGCUUGGCUGGUCUUGUUGGACAAAGCAAAUACAAAAAAAAUCAAGUAUAUGGAAGGGCAACCUAUCACAAAGAAUGGUGUACAUAAUUUUAUCUGAGCUAUGAACUAGAUAAUUCUGCACCUUUUGAUACACUGUUGAUCUAUCCUGUGUUUUCUUUUCAAUUCUUAUUUGCUUGCACUGAUUUAAUAUUUUUCUCUUAAGUUGGCUUUAACAUUUUAUAUCGUAGCUUGUACUUUUUUCAUUUUUUAAGUAAUGACAUCAUUGAUGUUCUGUAAGAACCUUUUUUUUUUUAAAGCUUUUUUAAAUUGCAAAUAGAAUUUUGAGUUUUAUAUAUUCCUUAUUUUCCUAGGAUGUAUUUCCACUAGGUAGAUAGGAUGACUAAAGUAAAGGGGACAUUACGGGGAAUGUUUUGAAUAAAUUGACUUGCAAGGUUUGUUGGUGUAAUCAAGCCGAAAUAAAAAAAUAUUAUGCUAAUCUGAGAAUGUC